GCUCGUCGGCGAUGUGCAGCUGGUGCAACGGUCCAUCCGCUAAGCGGAGAAAGCUACUGGCCGCUGAAGGGGGUUUGGUUGGACCGUUUAUAACCGUUGAGGGCCGCUCUCGAUUUACGAGGGACAGCAAUCAUUGAGAGGGAAGCAUGGAGUCCCUCUUGGAGCCUCGCCCAAAGGUCCACUACAACCAAUACACCAGCCUUGACACCAGACUCCUCCACGCAGCCGGCUGGCUCUUCGACGACCUCGACGCCGAACCCAUCAGGCUCUCCGCCCCACCAUCUCCAGUACAGACCUUCGAUCCUACCAAAUCUUGGGCCGAGAUCCUGAAUACGAGACCGGUACUGUCGAGAAUCAACACCGAUACGACAGCGAAGGAGGAACGGAGCUUACCGUCGCCGCCACCGUCGCCGGGUGGUUUGGUCGUCAUGGGAAAGGAGGGGCGUCAGACGUCGCAUGACUCUGCCUGUUCGAUGGGUGAGGAGGAAACAGAGUUGACACCGCCUUCUACACCCCCGACGGAGCCAUACCAGAAGCUUUACCCCGUACCCGUUACCACGCCAAAACCGGAAGUAGCACCACUACCGGCGCCGGUGGUGGUGGUGAUCAAUGAAGAGGCCUUGGCAGCGGAUUUCGAGUCCCAUAUGAUUACACCGCCGGAGGAGGACCCUCUCUCAUAUAUCUUCUCGAAUCCGACGUCGUCGCCGAGGACGAGUGUUGAUUACGUCGCGUCGCCAUACUAUGGCGGCGCACUCUCGCCCUUCGCAAGCCACGACGUCAACCCCUUCGACUCCACUCAACAUGAGGCCGAAUGUACCCUGUUCGAGGAAGAACCAAUUAUCACCGAACCAUGCCGUCGCCGUCCCCGCAAGAACGCGACGCUCAAGGCGUACUAUCGUACUUGGACCGUGAUGGGCGUUGACGAGAUGACAGGGCUGCCGCUGUUUAGGCGGGAAUCGGGGGAGAGGUAUCGGGAGAUCGUUGGAGGUGGGGCAAGGAAGAAGAUGGAUGUGCCGUUUCGGAGGUUGAGGGUUGGUGGGUGUGGGAUUUGAAGGGAGAGCAUAAGAUUUUUUUGUUGGGAAUUACUUCUUGGGGGCAUUUGGGGUUUUGCAUAUGGCGUUUUUUUCUUUUCUUUAGAUACCCCUUCGGCAUGAACUUUAGGUAUGCCGUAGCUACACUUGGCUGGGGAGGUUUGCGAGCUGGAGGAGCCGCACAAGUUGGACCGUACGCAACAUGAACUGUUGCAUACCUUAUCAUCAAGUGCAUUACCUUACUCUU